GGCCUAGAGCUGUAGCUCGUCGGACUCAUCUUCUGUCUCUCCCGUUCAGCCCAGUCGGCGUGCCACUCCUUCCUGCAGGAUCCUUAGCCAAGAGGAACCAGAGCCAAGAUGCCGCCCAAGUCCGACAAGAUCUCCGACGACCCUCGGGUCUACAUCUUCGGUGACACCAAGUUGCUGAUGGAGCUCCGCUCCGCGCCUUACGAUCCCAAGAAGAACGUCUGGGCUCCCGAUGAUAAGGAUGUCUUCAUCGCUGUGGAGAUCAAGGAAGAGAAGGGCGAUAAGAUCACGGUUCAGUUGCCAAAGGGACAAACCAAGGAAGUUGCCAAGGACAAGAUAGUGAUGAUGAACCCUCCCAAGUUCGUCUGCUGCGAGGACAUGGCCAACAUGACCUUCCUGAACGACGCCUCUGUGCUGGCGACCCUCAGGGACCGUUAUGCUAAUGGAAUGAUCUACACCUACUCCGGGUUGUUCUGCGUCGUGAUCAACCCCUUCAGGCGUCUUCCUCUCUACACGGAGGAGGUUGUGUCCAUGUACCGUGGCAAGAGGCGUCAGGAAAUGCCGCCUCACUUGUUCUCUGUGGCUGACAAUGCCUACCAGAACAUGCUGAUCGACAAGGUGAACCAGUCUAUGUUGAUCACCGGCGAGUCUGGUGCCGGUAAGACUGAGAACACGAAGAAGGUUAUCUCCUACUUCGCCCUGGUCGCUGCCAUUGGCGGUCCCAAGAAGGUCGAAGAAGAGAAGAAGAUCACCCUUGAGGACCAGAUCGUGCAGACUAACCCUGUACUGGAGUCCUUCGGUAACGCCAAGACUGUCAGGAACAACAACUCCUCCCGUUUUGGUAAAUUCAUCAGGAUCCACUUCAACACAAAGGGCAAGUUGGCUGGUGCCGACAUUGAGUCUUAUCUGCUGGAGAAGGUGCGUGUGAUUGAGCAGCUGCCCGGUAUGGAGCGUGGCUACCAUAUCUUCUACCAGCUGCUGUCAAGUGGCUUGAAAGACGUCACAAAAAUGCUCAUGGUCAGCGACGAUGCUCAUGAGUAUCGCUUCUUGGAGAAGGGAGAGAAGACCAUCAAGAACGUGGACGACAAGGAGGAGAUGCAGUUGACGGACGAGGCCUUCGACGUGCUGGGCUUCACCCAGGACGAGAAGACCGACAUCUACAAGCUCACGGGAGGUCUGUGCCACUUCGGUAACAUGAAGUUCAAGGCCAAGCCAAGGGAGGAGCAAGCCGAAUGCGACGGCACUGAGUCCGCCGACAAGUUCUCUUUCCUGUACGGCGUCAACAGUGGUGAUCUGCAGAAGGGUCUGCUCAAGCCCAGGGUAAAGGUCGGCAACGAGUGGGUGGCAAAGGGCCAGAACUGCAACCAGUGCAUCUACGCCGUCGGUGCCCUGGCUAAGGGCGUGUUCGACAGGCUCUUCAAGUUCCUGGUCAAGCGUUGUAACGACACGCUGGACACCAAGAUGAAGAGGGAGAACUUCAUUGGUGUGCUGGAUAUUGCCGGCUUCGAGAUCUUCGACUUCAACAGCUUUGAUCAGCUGUGCAUCAAUUACACCAACGAGAAGCUGCAGCAGUUCUUCAACCACCACAUGUUCGUGGAGGAGCAGGAUGAGUACAAGAGGGAGGGAAUCGAGUGGGAGACCAUCGACUUCGGUAUGGACUUGGCCAAGACCCUGGCUCUGAUCGAGAAGCCCCUGGGUAUCCUGGCCAUUCUGGAGGAGCAGACUAUGUUCCCCAAGUCCAGCGACAAGACCUUCAUCGACAAGCUGCGUGACCAGCACUUGGGCAAGCACACCAGCUUCUUGAAGCCAAAGAAGCCCAAGAUCCCCAAGUACGAGGGUCACUUCGAUUUGGCUCACUACGCCGGCAACGUGACAUACAACAUCUGCGGCUGGCUGGAGAAGAACAAGGACCCCAUGAACGAGACUGUGGUCGGCUGCUUCAAGAAGGCCACCAACGAGCUCCUGAAGGAACUCUGGGCUGACUUCAUGACUGCUGAGGACCAGGCUGCUGCCCAAAAGAAGUCCGGUGGUGGUGGAAAGGGCAAGAAGGGUGGAGCCUUCCAAACCGCCUCUGCAACCCACAGGGAGCAGCUGGCUAGGCUGAUGGCCACUCUGCACACCACCUACCCCCACUUCGUGCGUUGUCUGAUCCCCAACGAGCUGAAGACUCCUGGUCUCCUGGACAACCCCUUGGUUAUGCACCAGCUGACUUGCAACGGUGUACUCGAGGGUAUCCGUAUCUGCCAGAAGGGCUUCCCCAACAAGAUGAUCUUCAAGGAGUUCAGACAGCGCUACAAGCCCGUGGACCCCGUCCUGGCCAAGCAAGUGGAAGACGACAGGGAAUGCUGCGUCAAGCUCUUGGAAAAGUCAGGCUUGCCAAAGGAACAGUACGGUGUCGGCACAACGAAGAUCUUCUUCAAGGCCGGCCAGGUCGCCAAGCUUGAGGACAUCCGUGACGCUAAGCUGUCCGUCAUCAUCACUGUCAUCCAGCAGCGUCUGAGAGGAAAACUGCAGCGCAUCGCUUAUCAAGUACUCCAGGACCAGAGGGCUGCGCUGAAGAUGCUGCAGCGUAACGUCCGUAACUGGAUGAACCUGCGCAACUGGGACUGGUGGAAGCUGUUCUGCACCAUCAAGCCCCUGCUGUCUCAGUCCCGGGCAGAUGAGGAGCUCCGUGCCAAGGAAGAGGAGCUGGGCGAGCUCAAGGAUGAAGUGGAGAAGGAGGAAACCACGAUGGCUGAGAUUCAGCAGAAACUCACCGUGGUCGAACAGGAGAAGAAUGAGCUCGCCGGCCAACUGUCUGCGGAACAAACCAACACGGGUGACAUCGCCGACAGGGCAGAGAACCUUAUCAAGAACAAGGCGGACUUGGAGCAGAAGAUCGUGGACUACAAGGGUCUCCUUCAAGACGAGGAAGCUAGGAACUCGACGCUCAGCGCUGGCAAGCGUAAGAUUGAAGGCGAGGUGGACAACCUGAAGAAGGACCUGGAGGAGCUGGAGAAGACUCUGCAGAAGGUGGAGAAGGAAACUCGCGGUGUGGAGAACAGGGUUCGCACCACCUCCGAGGAGCUGGCAGCCCAGGAGGACCAGAUCGCCAAGCUGUCCAAGGAGAAGGCUAAGCUGGAGCAGCUCAAUGCCACCACCCUGGAGGACCUGCAGAAGGAGGAGGACAAGGUCAACAACCUCAGCAAGCUCAAGGCCAAGCUCGAGCAGCAACUGGAUGACCUGGAGGAGAACCUGGAUCGCGAGAAGAAGGCGCGUGCCGAGGCCGAGAGGCUAAAGAGGAAGCUGGAAGGUGACCUGAAGGCCGCACAGGAGAGUUUGGGAGGCCUGGAGAACGAGAAGGCCGACCUGGAGGAGCGCAUCAAGAAGAAGGAGUUCGAAAUCAAGGGCCUUGAGGCUAAGCUGGAGGAUGAGCAGGCUCUUGUCACUUCCCUGCAGAAGAAGAUCAAGGAACUCCAGGGCCGCAUCGAGGAGCUUGAGCAGGAGCUCGAGGCCGAGAGGAACGCCCGUGCCAAGGUCGAUAAGCAAAGGGCUGACCUGGCUCGCGAGCUCGAGGACCUGGGAGACCGUCUGGAGGAGGCUGGUGGCGCCACCGCCGCCCAGGCUGAGGUCAACAAGAAGCGCGAAGUCGAGCUGCAGAAACUCCGCCGCGAACUGGAGGAGUCCAACAUGCAGCAUGAGGCCACCGUCGCUGCUCUGAGGAAGAAGCUGUCCGACGCCAGUGCUGAGCUGGGCGAGCAGGUUGAGAACCUACAGCGCGUCAAGGCUAAGCUGGAGAAGGAGAAGACCACCCUCAAGAUGGAGGUCGACGAUCUGGCUACCAACGUCGAGGCCAUCACAAAGGGCAAGCUGAACGUGGAGAAGGCAAACCGCACCCUCGAGGAGCAGAUCGCCGAGGCCAAUGUCAAGAUCGAGGAGUCCGCCAGGCUGAUCCAGGAACUGACAUCCCUGAAGUCCCGCUUUGAGACCGAGAAUAAUGAAAUCAGCCGCCAGCUCGAGGAGUCCGAGAGCCAGUGCAGCAUGCUGGCCCGCGCCAAGAGCAUGCUGAACCAGCAGCUCGAGGAGCUGAAGCGCCAGCUUGAGGAGGAGACCAAGGCCAAGAACCACCUGGCUCACCAGCUGCGUGCUGCCCAGCACGACUGCGAUACUCUGAAGGUACAGCUGGAAGAGGAGCAGGAAGGCAAGGCUGAGAUCCAGCGUGCCCUGUCCAAGGCCAACACAGAGGUCACUGCCUGGCGUGCCAAGUACGAGUCCGACGCCAUCCAGCGCGCUGAGGAGCUGGAGGAUGCCAAGAAGAAGCUGGCUGCUCGCCUGCAGGAUGCUGAGGAACAGGUGGAGGCCGCCAAUGCCAAGUGCAGCUCUCUGGAGAAGGCCAAGAACAGGCUGGCUGGUGAGGUUGAGGACCUCAUGAUCGACGUUGAGCGGGCCAAUGCCGCGGCAGCUCAGCUGGAGAAGAGGCAGCGUCUAAUUGACAAGCAGAUCGCCGAGUGGAAGACCAAGUGUGAGGAGAUCAGCGCUGAGCUGGAGACAUCUACCAAGGAGGCCCGUGCCUAUGCCAACGAGCUGUACAAGCUGAAGGGCAAAUAUGAGGAAACCAUGGAGGCUCUUGAGAACCUGAAGAAGGAGAACAAAGCUUUGCAUGAUGAAAUCCACGAGCUGACCGACCAUCUUGGCGAGAGCGGCAAGACAGUCCACGAGCUGGAGAAGGCCAAGAAGCGUCUGGAGGUGGAGAAGGAGGAAUUGCAGACCGCCCUCGAGGAGGCAGAGGGUUCACUGGAAGUGGAGGAGGGCAAGGUCCUGCGUGUCCAGCUCGAGUUGUCUCAGCUCAAGGCUGACAUCGACCGCAGGCUGGCCGAGAAGGACGAGGAGUUCGAGAACACCCGCAAGAACCACCAGAGGGCGUUGGAUGCCCUGCAGACCACCCUGGACGUUGAGGCCAAGGGCAGGAACGAGGCUGUCAGGGCCAAGAAGAAGCUGGAGGCUGAUGUGAAUGAGGUCGAAGCCGCCUUGGAAAAUGCCACAAAGGCCAACAACGAGGCCAGGAAGACCAUCAACAAGCUCCAGAACCAGAUUCAGGAAGUCCAGGCUCAAAUCGACGACGAACAGAGGGCACGUGAGGAGGCCCGCGAGCAUCUCGCCAUGUCCGAGCGCCGCUCCAACAUGCUGACGGCUGAGCUUGAAGAGCUCCGCAAUGCCCUGGACCAGGCCGAGAGGGCACGCAAGCUGACCGAGGCCGAGCUUGUGGAGUCUUCUGACCGCGUCGGCGAGCUGUCUGCACAGAACACCUCUCUGGCUGGCCACAAGAGGAAGCUGGAGGGUGAGAUCCAGACCCUGCAGGCUGAGCUGGACGAGGUUAUGGCUGAGCACAGGCAGACCGAGGAGAAGGCAAAGAAGGCCAUUGCUGAUGCGGCACGUAUCUCAGAAGACCUGAAACAGGAACAAGAACACACCGCUCACAUCGAGAAGAGCAAGAAGAACCUGGAAGCCUCCAUCAAGGACCUGCAGAGGAGACUGGACGAGGCUGAGGCCAUCGCCAUGAAGGGUGGCAAGCGCGCACUGCAGAAGCUAGAGGCCAAGGUGCGUGACCUGGAGUCCGAACUCGACACCGAGCAGAGGCGCCACCAGGAGACGCUGAAGAACCUGAGGAAGAACGAGCGCCGUCUCAAGGAGCUGAGCUUCCAGGCCGACGAGGACCGCAAGAAGGAGGAGCGCAUGCAGGAGAUGGUCGAGAAGCUGCAACUGAAGAUCAAGACUUACAAGAGACAAGUGGAGGACGCCGAGGAGCAGGCCAACGUUAACCUGGCCAAGUGGCGCAAGACCCAGCACGAUCUGGAGGAUGCCCAGGAGAGGGCCGAGAUGGCUGAGUCCGCCCUGGGCAAGAUGCGCGCCCAGCACCGCUCCGCACACAAGUAGAAACCUGGACUUCGUCCACUGUAAACCAUGGUAGCAUAAGUAACCGACUGUACAAGACUUGAAACAAAAAAUCCAGUACGACUGUUCUCUGUGAUUCGUUCACUUUACCAGCGAUGUGCCACGUCUAGGGGCCCCAACGCACGCACUCUUUUUACUGACACAGCACCUAGACCGGAGUAUCGCUGGGGGAGGUAUUGAACUGAUCGCUACAGUGUAUUGUAAUGCAUAACGUCACCAUGGUCUAAACAGCAACACUGUGUAACGUAAUGUCAUCUAGUUGUAGUCUUAUCCGUCUGUGAAACAUGUGAAAGCAAAGGACCUACAGCCAACCGACAUAUCUGUACAAGAAUACAACCAACUUUAAUUUAAGCCGCUAACUAUUCACGUCUGUACAUGUGCUGUUCGUCCAGUGAAAUUAUUGAUAAAUACGGUAAAAGCUAUUAGAAUUACAUUGAAAAAGUCACGGAUUUGGGAUUGGGAUCGGUGAGAGGAAUAGUCUACCAUCCCAACAUCUAACGUCAACCGUCGACCAGUUGACCGUGGAAGCAUCCGGGAAGGCAAUGGUGUAUAUGUACGUGUAUCUCUUCCGGGACCACUAAGUAGUCUUAGAGAUGCGUUUGGGAAAUGUAUGGUUUGUGACGUGUAUGGUUGCGUCGUUGCAUUUGAUACUGAUUAAACUUCUUUGAACAAAAA